AGACCCGCCAGGAAAACCCGUCAAGUUGUCGAGAGUGUCCGUGCGUUCCAGGACACGGCAAGAUUGAGCGAGGCACCGCUCGAGACUUAUAGCCUCAUACCAUCCGCAAUGGCCAGUCGUAAGCGCACAGUCCUCGUCACGGGCUGCACAGAAGGCAGCGCCGGGCACGCUCUAGCCCGGGAAUUCCACGCCAAAGGCUUCGAGGUCUACGCAACAGCGCGCUCCACCGCGAAAAUGGCCUCUCUCCAGCCCCUCGGAAUCCGCACGCUUCCCCUGGACAUCACAUCCGACGACUCCAUCCAGGCGUGCGUGCAGGAGGUCCCACAACUCGACAUCCUCGUCAACAAUGCGGGCGCCUCGCUCACGAUGCCCAUCGUCGACCUCUCCAUCCAGGAGGCGAAGGCACUCUUCGACGCCAAUGUAUGGGGUCAUCUCGCUGUCAUCCAGGCCUUUCUGCCUUUACUGUUGAAAUCUCCGAAAGCGAUGAUUGUCAAUCACACAUCGGUUGCCGUGACCAUGGCUAUUCCGUAUCAAGCGGUCUACAACGCCUCGAAAGCCUGCCUGUCAUCGUUCUCCGACACGCUCCGCCUUGAACUGCAGCCCUUCGACAUUGCAGUCGUGGAACUGAGGAGUGGCGGCAUCAAAACGAACAUCUUCGGGCACAGUGCGAAGAAGCCCGUUUUGCCCGCCGGCUCGAUCUAUGCUCCUGCGAGGGAGACCGUAGAGACGUCGCUUAGACAGGAGUGGUUUGCGGAUGUUGGAAUCUCUCCAGAGCAGUGGGCGCGAGAGAUUGUGAGAGAUCUUUCGAAGAAGCAUCCGCCGCCAAGAACGAUCUGGAGAGGCGAAUCUGCCUUUGGGGCGUGGCUGAGCACCUUUUUCCCCUCGAGCUCAUUGGACGCCAACGUUCGAAAGAUGGUCGGGUUUGACAAGGCCGAGCAGAUAAUCCGAGAGCGGCGAAAGUGAGGUGGUGGCGGUUCAGGGGCGAUGGCCAGGAGUCUUUAGG